CCCCAGCGGUCGGAAAAUGAGACUCACGUCGCGGUGGAUUUCUUUUACUGUACGGGACCCGGUGUGUACCUUUCAUUUGGACAUUUAGAGAUCUAAUCUAAGUAACAAGAAGUUGACUCUGUGACUCGUAUUAUUCGCAAUAUAAGCCUGUAGAAACACAUCGACGACAUAAAGUCUGCCAUUUCCCGACCGUUUUUUCCCGGGCACGCAUCGCAGAUCCGUCAGUCAGUAUCACACUGGAAAAAGGAUUCGGUAACAGCUACCAAAAUUUGCUGAAUAUUUGCCGACCAAAUGUCCGAUUACUGCAACCAAAUUAUAGUCCCGUGUACUAAAUAUACGGAAUUAUAAUACUGUUAUAUAUACAGCAUAUGGAACUAAAAAUCACCUGGUCGCCGAUAAUACAGAUGUCUGGCCUGCAAAUAUUCAAUCAAAUUUUAGUACUUGAUACCAAAAUCCUUUUUUUUUUCAGUGUCCACCAGCGACCACCGGCGGGGCAUCGAGAGGUGAACGUCCUCGGGCGCGCCAAGUCGGGACCGACCUGGUAACCGGAAUAAAUUCUCACGUGUCGAUACGGGCGUGGGGUGGAGGUGGCACGUGGCGUUGUUGCUUAAUAACGACGCGCUUAAUAGUGCGUUCUCUCGUGCUAAUCGCCGGCUGACGCGUGACGGCAGGAGCGGGAGGAAAAGACCGCCGACGACAACGGAGGAGGAGGAGGAGGAAGCGAAGGAAGAGGUGGAGGACGGUCGGCUCGAGGAACGAGACGCGGAGUAACGCGGAGCCGCCGGUGGAAGGGCGACUCGCGCGCUGCUGGGCUCCCCGGUUUAUUGAUUGAACGGCAAGUCGCGCGCACGCCGAGCGCGCAAACUCGUCGUCGUCCGCCCCUGAAUGAAGUGACGUGCUCUCUCUCUCUCUCUCUCUCUCUCUCUGACUCACAUAUAGAUAUGCGAAAAGAACGGCGAUAAGGUCGGUGCGCGAAGACAUCUUCAGCAGCGGCCGAGCAGCAGCAGCAGCAGCAACGACGACGAGGAGGACGACGAGGAGGACGAGAGGAUGCUCUCUCAUCGGGGCUGCGCUUGGCUGAUGCUGAUGCCGCUCCUGUUGAGCCUCUCCACCGGCGAGCUCGGCUUCUACCGGGAUGCGCUGCCGGAGACGUCGGAGGACCUCGCGCUCGCCAAGUACCUGGCCCGUUACCUGAAGGCCCAGCGCCUUCAGCACCUUCAGUACCUGCUGCCGUCGCACCUGCCGGCGUCGUCGUUCCGCUCGAUGCACAAGAAGCACAACGGAGUCAGCCAGAUGGAGGAGGCGGACCAGCAGCGGCGGCAGAAGCAGCACGAGCUGCUGGAGGUGCUGAAGAAGAGCACCCUCGACAGUCUGCGCAGCAGGGAGAGGCAGAAGCUGAGAACCUGGCCCCAUCGGCAUUACCAUCACCAGUACAACCCGAUCGACGAGAUCAUAUCGUCCGGGGGGGAGGAUCACUUCGUGAAUUACUACGGCGUGAAGGUCGGCUAUCCGGAGAUGAAGCCGUCGGCGAGCGAAGACGACGGUCAGGUUUACGGGGACGUUCUCGGCCAGUACGGACGGGUCUUCGCGGACGGUGAGGAGGAGCCGAUACUGAACUUCCGCGGCAAGUGGAUGGAGGGCGACCACGCGAUCGUGCUGCACGAGGGUGGCGGCGGGGGUCACCGGAGCACCGGGGCACCGGCGCAGCCGGCGAUCGACGAGGCGAUGGUGACGUACCGGUUCGACAAGCCGAAUCUCGACGACAGGCAUCCGUUCGCCGUGAGGCCGAACGAUCCCAGAUACUACAGCGACGCGCCCUUCUCGUUGGACGAGUCGUACGGGCGAGACGGAGCGCCCGACCCGAACGAGGAAGAAGCGUUGGACGAGGACGAGGAGGGGCGAGUGUCGACGAAACACGAGGACAACGUGCGGGAACCGAGCCGGCAGACGUCGAAGGACUUGUUGAUCGCGGUCGACACGUUGAAGGAGCAGGAAAGCUCCGCGGCGCGUCAUCCGUUGAUGACGCCGGUGAAUCAAGACUUGAACAGCGACAUUUAUUUCAUCGCCGUCGUCGCCGGCUGCAGCGCAGCAGCGAUGUUCGCUCUGGUAUUGAUCAGCCUGACGUGGUGCAGGCUGCAACGCGGCGCGAAAGCCGCGGCGGACAUCGAGUACCCCGCAUACGGCGUGACCGGGCCGAACAAGGACGUGUCGCCGUCCGGCGACCAGAGGCUCGCCCAGUCCGCUCAGAUGUACCACUUCCAGCACCAGAAGCAACAAAUCAUCGCUAUGGAGAAUCGCACUUCUGCAACGAGGGAUCCGGGCUCGCUUUCGGAAGCGGAGAGCGACGAGGAGAACGAGGAGGGCGACUACACCGUUUACGAGUGUCCGGGACUUGCUUCGACGGGCGAGAUGGAGGUGAAGAACCCGAUGUUCCACGACGACCCGACACCGGCGACGCCGGCGCACAGCAACAACAAAGAAGAGGACCACAUAUAGUUUCAGUAAAGUAGAAAGAAAAACAAAAAUUAUAUAUAUAUAUACCGUCGCGCGCGAUUUGGAGGUAUCUUCCCUGGUGCUUAGUUCACUGUUAAUGUACCAUAUCGGAAAUGUUUACCUAUAUAUAUAUAUAUAUUGAGUGUAUACAACUUUAAUACUUAUAUAUAUAUGGCGCGAGGAGGAGCGCGGACGCGCGAUCAGUCCGAUCUCUCUUGGCCGCCGAGAACGACCGAUGUCGCUUUCUUUCGUUCUUCUUUCGCUGGGUAAUCAGGAAGGAACGGUGGUAAGCAAAACGAAUUUGGAACGUACUGAAAUAGGGGGGGGGGAGGGGGAGGAGGCAUAACGCGAUCAACCAUCACGAUCGAUUGGCCGAAAGUCACCGCCAGCAACGGGCUUUCGCAUCAACUGAUUACGAGAUGAGUCGAAGUGAUGAUACGGAGUGUAAAAAGAAAUUUAAGAUAAGCGAGAUCAUCGAGAUCACGUAAGCCAACGUGGUGAGACUUUGCUGACGAUAUAUCGUCGUCGUGAUAUGAAAACAGCAAAUGUUAACGAUGAAUGCGCGUACAUCGAUGACUGAAAGUGGAUACGUGUGGAGAAAAGCGAAGCCUGUUUACCCUGGAUGGAAAUUCAACUGAAAUUCUCUCUCCCGAUCAAUCCCGUUUCGUUACCAUUCCGUCGGUGUUUUCACGCGGUUUUCAGUUAAAUUCAGUCAAAUUUUGGCGGUACACUUCAACUUUCCUUGUAUUCGAGUAUUGGUAUACUAUGAACUUGAUGAAAGUUACUGAAAAAUUAUCGAAGUAUAUAUAUUAAAAAAUAUUCGCAAGUAAAUUGUUAUUUUCAUGCGCAAGAUAAAGGAAAAUUGACGGACCAGACGUGGGAUACAAUUUUUCGUGUUGAUCGGUGUAAUUUCUAUCUUGUCUUUCCUUUUGCGACAUCGGCACCGGUUCUUCUGGCGCCGAAAAUGUUCAGACCGUCGAUCGAGGUUUCGCGUAGGAAAGAGGAUCGGGAAGGAGGGAGGAUAGGAGGGAAGAAGGAAGGAGAGAUCCGGAGGAAGAGAAUCGGAGUUGAUGAAUCGACGACGAGGGAAAUUGCGUCUGUCUGAGAACACCCGUUUUCUAACGUCGCGACGUACAUACUAUAUAUAGUUUGUACUUUCAUAGCAGGAGCAGGUGUGCCGCACAAUCGUCGUCAUUAUUUUUCUAUCGGCUCGUCAUCUGGGCCGCGCGCACCAGAUGCCCUGUAAGCGCGUAAUGUUAUUUAAUAUCAAGUAAUGUUACUAGGAUAUUCUCAAAAUAUUAGACGUAAUAUUCUAAUAAUAUUCUAGUAAUAUUAUCUAAUAUUAAGUAAUAUUUAUGGAAUAUUAAC